AUGGAUGCAAUUCAUCUGCAAAGUGUAAAUAUCGCUGAUGUUAAUUUAUUUGCUAGCAGUGAAGUAAAUCAAUGUAGUAAAUUAUUAAGCGAUUUUACGACUAAUUCAAAUUUUUUAACAGUAUUGUCGACAAGAAAUGAUGAAAAUGAAGAUGAACAGGAAGAGGGAGAUAAUGAAGCAUUAGUCGAUUACAGUCUCGUUAACUCAUCUUCGCAACAAGUUAUGAUGCUACAAUUCGAUAGGGCGAGUAAUACAAAUGUUGCUGCUAGUGCAGAUAAUGCAACUCAAGCCAUCAACAAUUUAAAUAUAAAUAUAAAUAGUGCAACUUCAGCUAAUUUUGCAAAUAAUCUUCCGUUUCAAACCACCGAAGUCCCAACUUAUCCAGGUCAUAAAAUGAAGCGUGAAUGGCGUAACGUUGGUUGGUUCACAUCAGAAGCAGAAAUGAACGAGGUUCGUAAACGAGAAAAAGUUUCAAAGCGUAAAAGUGUUCAACAAGCGAAUGGUGUAAAAGUUUUCUAUCGGUGUAAUAACUGGCGUCGAACGAAUUGCAAUUUUCGUAUGUUUGCAAUGUUUUACGACAAAGAACGAAUUAGUUUGAAUGCAAGUGGUGAACAUGAUCAUACAACUAAAAAUCCACAUUAUGUUCCACGAAAUUACUCAGCUGGAAAUACUGCUUUUGAAUUUAUGCCAAGUUCAUCGCAAGAGCAAAUUUUGGAUAAAUUUGUUCGAGAAGCAACGGCGCGAUCAUCAUAUCUGUUUGAGGCAAAUCAAGUUGAAGAUAUUUUUACAUCGGCCUCUGGUAGAGGACAUAGAGAGUGUAGAUUGUGGCAACGAUUAGUGUUUUAUCUCAGAACAAAUUUCAAGCUUUCUCCAGCUUCUCAUAUUCUUCUUAAGUUCAUGGCACUUGGUCUUACUAUAUCACAACUUUAUGCGUAUUUUCUCUCUGCAUCUUACCUCUGUGUGUUAGCAGUUUCUGAGGCUUUUUUACGCAUAUUGCACGUUGAAUCUCUAUCAAAGAAUAAGAUAGAUCAUGAAGAAUUGGGAAAAAACAAGAACAGCAUAAAUGCAGGUGAUUUUCAAUUCAGUCGAGAAGCAAGUACUCAUCUUGGCGCUUCCAAGACUGAAAAUGGUUUAUCAUCGGUAAUGAACCGUGAAGAUUUUCAAGUUUGUAGUGUUGCAAAUAUCACUGAUCUUCUGCAACUUGCUGCAGAAAUUAACCAUACAUUUUGUUUCAAUUCUAGAAGGACAAAUGAAAUAAAUUUCAUAUCUGAACUGAGUGGUCGAACUCUUUUAUUUGCUGAUCUUGGUCCAACUAUAUCGGUAGCCGAACGCUUCAAUGGUGUUGACCAUAGUCUCGAACUUUGGAGGAAAGGAGAUUGGAAACAAUUUUUGUGGGCAGUGCGCGGCAAAUGCUUGUGUCCAUUAAAUUACGGGUGA